GAGUAGCUUUAAUCUUGUUAUUACCUACAGUAAUGUUACGACUCUGCUUAUGAUGGCGAUCACAUGCUCAUGUUGAAUCAAUCGACCUGUUGGGAGGACGGCCGUUCUCCUGGUCUUGGCUCUGUAGCCGAGACCAGCUGGGUUUGAGUGUUUCAGGACUAGCUCCCUCUGUCUGUCUACUCUCUGUGGUUCAGACGGUUGAAGGGCGGCUGACGGACUUCCCGCUGGAGGAGUCUUUGAUGCUGAGGGCCACUGAAGACCGCCCGGACCCGGGGGGCCCCGGUACCGUGGUCCUCCUGCUGGACUGGUUCCAGCUGGACCAGGAGCUGAUCCUGGUCCAGGAGAGACCCAGCGCCUGCGUGGAUCUCCUCUCCUACAUGGAGAGCAAGGGGGGCAGGCUGCAGGAGCAGGACGCUAAGAUGAUUCUGCACCAAGUGGUGGAAGGGAUCCAAGGGCUCCACUCCAGAGGCGUUCUGCACCGCGACAUCAAGCCUGAGAACCUCCUGGUGGAGACAGGCUCCGGGACGCCCCGGGUCCGGGUCAUAGACCUGGGGUGCGGCUGCCAGCCUGCCACCCAGGGCUGGACUGGGGACAUUUUUCAGGCCGGGCAUUUUUAA